CACAGCUCCAAGCGGAGCGCCUCCGAUGUGAACGUACACUAAAUGCGAGGGCAACGCGGCUGGAGCUUAAAGAAAAUUUGUUGAACCGAUUUUUGAACUGCCUAAGUAGUUGGAUUAAAGAGGAAGAUCUCAAACCCUAUGAUGGAUGCACCAACCAAAAUAUGACUGCUGGACUGCAGAAAGCUAUUGACGAAGUAAACGAUUUCAUCAAAAAGAGCAAGGAAGACCCUACUUACGUGUUGGAGCUACCUCCAGAGCAAAGCAAGGAACCCGAGAAAGAAAAAGAUGUAGAGGACUCUGAAGAUAAAUUUAAGCAGCUGUGGUUUAAAAUUCGUUUGACUGGACCAAUAGAGGGAUUGACUUCACCUAAGAACAAGGCACGAAAUAUUCGGCUUUUUUUUUUUGUUUUUAACUUCCUAGACGCCGGUGAAGAGAACGAGCACCGAGACUGCCACUGCCAGAAUCUCGCUGUCAAAAAGACAGAGAGUAUCCUCGCCAAGACAUAAUGCGAACGGUAUCUCUGACCUGAGCACUGAGCUUUUAAAUAUGCCUCUUCUGGAUGCUCCCGU